UCGAGGAGGAGACAAGCAGCUCGUGCAUUCGGUGCUGAUAUCCCUACUGCAAUAACGGGAGGCAAACACACACACACACACACACACACGCACUUUCGCGUUGCAUGUUAAAAAGCCGUCUUUUUUAACGCCCGAGUCACAUUUUUUAAAUGUUUGCACGUGUUAACUGAACAGUUACACAGCGCGAGGGACUUCCUGCUGAGUGAGUCUCUCGCGCGCUGUUUUUGUCUUUUGAGGAUGUGACCGUUAUUUUUAAUUUAUUUAUUUUAAAUCGGAGCAGCCGUUAUUUUUUUCCGUUACGAAAAGGGAAUGUGGAUAUAGGCUAUUCUUCUGUAUAUUCUUCUUCUUUUAGGGCGUUUACGUAUUAAAUCUGGUUUUCUGACCCGAACCGGGAUGAUAAGGAGCUCAGUAAGCUAACGGCUAACCGGGGAAAACAGAAAAGCCCUGAAAAGCACGGCUGCGACAGUGAAAAGCCCUGAUGCUUGCUGUGUGCGUAAGGAAACGGUGAUAAUGCGUUAACCGGGAUGUGGGGGUCGGACAGCAACGCAAUGAUUCAACAUCUGUCCAGUGGACUGAGGAGCUCCCCGGUCUCGGGUUAAACACACCGGAACUGUUUACCAGCUGUCCUUCUUUCCCUUGCGGUACCGGCUCGUACCGGGACAUCACCCAACCCAACCAUGGACGAUACCGGCAUCAUCCGGCGCAGGCGCCUGCAGAAGGAUCUUCCUCUGCCACGUAAAAGCAGCAGUUGCCGUGCCAGUAACAGGAAGAGUCUGAUCCUCACCUCAACCUCGCCCACUUUACCUCGUGCUCACUCUCCUCUGCCUGGACACAUCGGAAGCAGCCCAUUGGACAGCCCUCGCAACUUCUCUCCCAGCAAUCCGGCUCACUUCUCCUUCACGGCCUCCUCCAGACGGGAUGGUCGCCGUUGGUCUCUGGCUUCACUUCCUUCUUCUGGUUAUGGCACCAACACACCCAGCUCAACGUCGUCCAGUUCGUCUCAGGAGCGUCUGCACCAGUUGUCCUAUCAGCCCUCCAUGGACGAGCUGCUCUUUCUGUCCAAACACUUCGGCAGCACAGAGAGCAUCACGGAUGAUGAUGGGGGGCGGAGCUCUCCACACACACGUCCACGCUCACGCAGCCUUAGUCCCGGCAGAUCUGCUUCCUGCUGUGACAACGAGAUCAUGAUGAUGAACCAUGUGUACAAAGAGCGCUUCCCAAAGGCGACGGCUCAGAUGGAGGGGCGUUUAACAGACUUUAUCCACUCGUUCUCUCCGGACAACGUGCUCCCUCUGGCUGACGGGGUCCUGAGCUUCAUCCACCACCAGAUCAUCGAGCUGUCCCGAGACUGCCUGAACAAAUCCCGAGACGACCUCAUCACCACCAUCUAUUUCUACGAGCUGCAGGAGAACCUCGACAAACUGCUGCAUGAUGCGUACGAACGGUCAGAGAGUUCAGAGCUGACCUUUAUCACAGAGCUGGUGAAGAAGCUCCUUAUUAUCAUCUCUCGCCCAGCACGACUCUUGGAAUGUCUGGAGUUUAACCCAGAGGACUUUUACCACCUGCUGGAGGCGGCCGAGGAUCACGCCAAAGAGGGACACCUGAUGAAAACAGACAUCCCACGCUACAUUAUCAGCCAGCUAGGCCUGACCAGAGACCCUCUGGAGGAAAUGGUCAAUCUGGAGAGUUAUGACAGCGAGGGACCUCUCACACCUGAGACUGAUGACUCUACAGAGGGGAAGAUGAAGGUGAUGAAACCUCCCGGAGAAGCUGACUUCCAGACCAUAAAACUGAUCAGCAAUGGCGCAUACGGGGCGGUGUACCUGGUGCGUCACCGGGAGACCCGUCAGCGUUUCGCCAUGAAGAAGAUCAACAAGCAGAACCUGAUCCUGAGGAAUCAGAUCCAGCAGGCCUUCGUUGAGAGAGACAUCCUUACUUUCGCUGAGAACCCAUUUGUGGUCAGCAUGUUCUGCUCUUUCGAGACCCGCAGACACCUUUGUAUGGUCAUGGAGUAUGUGGAAGGAGGAGACUGUGCCACACUGCUGAAGCACAUCGGCGCUCUGCCCGUAGAGAUGGCACGCAUGUACUUUGCAGAGACCGUCCUUGCGCUCGAGUACAUCCACAACUACGGUGUGGUGCAUCGAGACCUCAAACCUGACAAUCUGUUGAUCACGUCUAUGGGACACAUUAAACUGACUGAUUUUGGUUUGUCAAAAAUGGGUCUGAUGAGUCUCACGACAAACCUGUAUGAGGGCCACAUCGAGAAGGACACCAGAGAGUUCCUAGAUAAACAGGUGUGUGGCACGCCAGAGUACAUUGCCCCAGAGGUGAUCUUACGGCAGGGAUAUGGGAAACCUGUGGACUGGUGGGCCAUGGGCAUCAUUCUCUACGAGUUCCUGGUGGGCUGUGUGCCUUUCUUUGGGGACACACCUGAGGAGCUGUUCGGCCAAGUCAUCACUGAUGAUAUUGCGUGGCCUGAAGGUGAUGAAGCACUCCCAGUCGAUGCCCAGCACCUCAUCUCUGCCCUGCUGCAGACCAACCCACUGCUCCGCCUGGGCACAGGAGGUGCAGUAGAAGUGAAGCAGCACCCGUUCUUUGCUGAUUUGGACUGGAACAGUUUACUGAGGCAGAAAGCUGAGUUUGUACCUCAACUCGAGUCGGAGGAGGACACCAGCUACUUCGACACACGAUCAGACCGUUACCAUCACAUUCACUCGUUUGAUGAAGACGACACCAAUGACGAUGAACCCGUCGAGAUCCAUCGUUUCUCCUCCUGCUCACCUCGCUUCAGCAAGGUGUACAGCAGCAUGGAACACCUGUCCCAGCUGGAGCACAAGCCUGUGGUGACCCGCAGGGAGCCCAGAGGUCAUCGGGAGGACCGUGCAAAGAGGGAGAGCCUGGGCAGCUUCACCCUGAGAGACAAAACCUGGAGGACCGGCUCUCCUGAGAUGAAACGCCUGUCCUGCUCCGAGUACUCCUUCACCGAGUCCGACUCCAGUCCUCCUGGCGUCCGCCGCCGUUUCUCUGCUCUCAUGGACACACACCGCAUCUCCUCUCCUCUAGAGACUGACACAGACACACACACUCGCCCUACGCCGGUCAAAACCAGAGGGACGUCACUAGAGGGCGCUACGAUGGCAUCCGGCUCAGGUGUGGGCGUGGCCGAGUCCUCCACUGCAGCACCAGCCACACAAGGAUUAGAUAAACUCCUGAAACCUGCUGAUGCAGCUGUGACGUCAGCACCGUUUGCACCCAGAGCUCCGAGUGACGUGGUUCUGCGGCGAGCACGACAUCAGCACCUCCCUGCUGAUGGAGAGAAACAGACUCCGACCCGCUCUGGCACCAAGGUCAUAAAGUCAGCCUCUGCCUCGGCCUUAUCCGUCAUUAUACCUGCAGUGGAGCAGCAUGGGACGUCCCCAUUGGCCAGCCCCAUGUCUCCGCGCUCCAUAUCAUCCAAUCCAUCGUCCCGAGACUCGUCCCCCAGCCGGGACUAUUCUCCCUCUAUCAGCACUCUGCGCUCUCCCAUCACCAUCCAGCGUUCAGGGAAGAGGUACGGCUUCACGCUGCGCGCCAUCCGAGUCUACAUGGGCGACACCAACGUCUACAGUGUCCACCACAUGGUCUGGCAUGUGGAGUGUGGAGGCCCCGCCCAGGAAGCAGGUUUGUGUGCCGGUGACCUCAUCACACAUGUGAACGGAGAGUCUGUGCACGGGCUGGUUCAUACAGAAGUGGUGGAGCUCAUUCUGAAGAGUGGGAAUAAAGUGACAGUGACCACAACUCCAUUUGAGAACACGUCCAUUAAGAUCGGACCGGCGCGAAAGCCCAGCUCCAGGGCCAAGAUGGCACGACGCAACAAGAAAUCCAUCAGCAAGGAGGGACAGGAGAGUAAGAAGCGAAGCUCUUUGUUCCGUAAGAUCACUAAGCAGUCGAACCUGCUCCACACCAGCCGCAGUCUUUCCUCUCUGAAUCGCUCUCUGUCGUCUGGUGACAGUCUCCCUGGCUCUCCCACACAUGGCCUGUAUGCCCGCUCACCCCCUGACUCCGCCCACCUCGGCAUGUCGUCCCAGAGCAGCUCCCCGGCGUCGUCCACUCCGAACUCUCCAGCUACGUCUCAUCACAUGCGCCCGAGCUCUCUGCACGGCUUGUCCCCUAAACUGCAGCGCCAGUUCCGUUCGUCUCGCUGUAAAUCAGCCGGGAGCGUCCCUCUGUCCCCGCUGGCACACACUCCCUCACCGAGCACGCCCAGCGCCACGCCCACUUUCCCCGCCAAACUGCACUCCUCGCCGCCAAUAACACGGCCCCGCUCACCUCUCCUCACACGGGUACAGUCAACCGAGAAGCCGGCUCCGCCCUCUCCGCCAUCGUUUGCCUCUUUUCCAUCGUCGGCGGAGAAGAAAGGUGGCCUGAGGAAACAUGGCGUGGAGGAAUACCGCAUGCUGCAAAGCCUGCAGGAGAUUGAAGGCGAAAACGCGCUCACAGACACGCUCCAGACGGCAAACAAGCAGGACUUGCCUUCCGUUCCUGACUCAGCACUAAGCAAGAAGGACAAACCGUCGGAAGGAACAGAGACAACGAGUUCUUCUAAAACCCACGAUUCCAUCAAAGCCAUAACUACAGCAAUCUGUGAACCUGCAAAGCAAGAGAAAUUUGCAUCAAAGAGCCCGGCCAAGCAGGAUUCGAUCUCUGAUGUCAAAGAAAAACCUGGAGGAAAGACGCCAUUGCUGAGCGUAGAAACCCUUUUGCCGAAAACACCAGAGCAGGGUGGAAAAGAGCGAGAGAAAGGAAGAGCAGCUUGGGAGAAUGAUGCAAGAACGAAAUCUCGGCUUGUGGAACUGGGGAAGUGUGUGAAAACCCCCCAAACUGUAGAGGUUAGAGUGGAAGUUGGGAGCGGAGGUGGCGAGUACAAGGCUAAAGCUCCAGCACCCCCAGUGACGGACGCAGGUGUGCCCCAAAUGAAAUCCAAAGAGGAGAAGAGUUCAGUCCAUUCUGGGUCAAUCCGAACCCUUCGAGAUGAGCGCUCUCACUUGGAGGUUUUGGAGGAAAGCCCAGCUUCUCUGUCUCCUUCCACUCCAUCUCCCAACGCUGGCAAAUCCCGCACCGUCUCCCCCAGUGACCGCUCGAGCUUCGUCACUCAGCUCACCAGCGUGGCCAAAACCGUGCUCGGGCCCAUGAAGCUCGGAUCACAGGACGGAGGGAAAGGGAAGGACUCAAGCACCAAAAUGAGCGAGGACAAGCGGGCUGGAACGCUGGGGAAAUCCGAAGCUUCAUCUGGGGCCUGGCGCAUAGCUACAGGAACGUGGCCUGGACCGGGAUCCUCCAAAUCAAAGAGCUCUAACAAGCAUUCCUGAACUUCCUGGUUGUAACUUUUGGAGGGCAAUGUGAAGUAAGCGAUACUUAAGCGAUGACCUAAUACUUCCACAACCACCAAAUCAACGCUUAUCCAAAAUAAUAAAAAAAGAAGGUGCUCUCAGUCUGUCAUUGUUAGAUGCGUGGAUGUGUAUAGAUGGUUUUUAAAGCUGCAGUAUGUAACUUUUAAGGAUUCACAGAAGAAAAUUUUUAAACAUCGUCAGUAGAGUGUAUCAUGUCUGUUUACAUUCAAGUAGUAUUGAAAUAAUUCCCAGGGUUGUGGUGUCAAGCCAUGAUGACCUUUGACCUGAGUCAGAAAAACUCAUUUACUGUUUUAGGCUUUUCAGGGCCACAUCCUGAUUUUGGCAAGUUUAAUAAGGAGUGGAGUUUAAGCUAGAUUUAGUCAGCCAGUCACAAAUUUGAUCAUGUGACAUCAGUUUGAAAAUUGUUAGCUAGCUAGGAAACGUAGCUACAUAGCAAAAUAGCUUACUACACUUACUCAAUAUUGCAACUGUCAUUAUUAAAAAAGUUAUAUACCGCAGCUUUAAUGUAGAUGUAACACCAGAUUAGUAUAUAGCUUAAAAAGCGCUGUGUGUAGCUGCAUGUUAGAUAUUGUGAAUAGAAAAGAAAUUAAUAGAGACUAUGAUAUUAAAAAAAAAAAAUACUACACAAAGACCUGAUGCUAGUGAACACUGUACAUAUCCGAUCAUCAUAACUGUCCGGUCUCUAUAGCAACAGCAUGUCAGUGAUGUCAUAUCAAAUACCCUCGAUAGUGAUAGGUGGCAGAACCUGUCAAUCAUCCUCCUAUAGCAAAAUGGCGAAUAAAUAAAUAUAUCACCAUACUUGAAGAUGCACAAUACACAAUCUGAGGUUUGCUAAUAAGGUGGAAUGAACGCAAUGCUUUAAUCGUAAACACCUGAUUGGUCCUGCAACAUUCCCAGCUUGCUACUGAUCAGUUUCCUUACAACACCUGCGACAGACACAGAGAAGCGUAAAUAUGAAGUGUUUAAUGUCCCAGAGAAUGUGGAGUAAAAUAUUAAAACUGUUUGUAUGAUGCCACAGCUAAGUGUUUUAUUAAACUAAUGUUCAAGUGGGCGUGGCCUAAUAUUCUAAUUAGCUUAGCUUCAUUCAAGCAUUCAGGCAUUCAGGCUUCAUUGACGGUCGCAUUGCAUGAGAUUCACAAAAAUCAGUUCUCCAUUUACAAACACUUCCAAUUAUAGAGUUAUCACAGAAGCUACACUUUUAGUACGUUAGCUUUCUCUCGCUAAGUUAGCUUUCCCUCUAAGGUUAGCUUUCUCUCCCUAGGUUUCUCUUAAAGGUUAGCUUUCUCUAAGGUUUCUCUUAAAAGUUAGCUUUCCCUCAAAGGUUAGCUUUCUCUCUCAAAGGUCAACUUCCUCUCUCUAAGGUUAGCUUUCUCUCUCAAAGGUUAGCUUUCUCUAAGGUUUCUCUUAAAAGUUAGCUUUCUCUCUCUCAAAGGUUAGCUUUCUCUCUAAGGUUUCUCUUAAAGGUUAGCCUUCCCUCUAAGGUUAGCCUUCCCUCUAAGGUUAGCUUUCUCUCUCUAAGGUUAGCUUUCUCUCUCUAAGGUUAGCUUUCUCUCUCUAAGGUUUCUAUUAAGUUAGCUUUCUCUCUCUAAAGGUUAGCUUUCUCUCUCUAAGGUUAGCUUUCUCUCUCUAAAGGUUAGCUUUCCCUCUAAGGUUAGCUUUCUCUCUCUAAGGUUAGCUUUCUCUAAGGUUUCUCUUAAAAGUUAGCUUUCCCUCUAAGGUUAGCUUUCUCUCUCUAAGGUUUCUAUUAAGUUAGCUUUCUCUCUCUCUAAAGGUUAGCUUUCUCUCUCAAGGGAUUUAUUAGCUUUUAUUUAUUGCUAAGAAUUUAGACCGUUUAAUUAUGGACACAUUGUUAGAAUUAACAGUGUUAGAAUUAUUCAGUGUGGGCGGGACAGCCGACGUCAGCCUUGCGAUUGGUGAGAAUAAAGUUUACACACAGAUUGUCGAGAUUAUCCCUGCCCACAUCGAUUACUGAUUAGUCACAGUUUGUACUUUAGAUGGCGGCCACAAGACCAACAUUAACCUCAUUUUACACCACGGCGCUGCUGUAUUCAGAAUUCUGAUUGGUCAGAAAGUGUUGAUUAAUGUUCUAAAGCGGCAGCUCUGACAGGAGCGCAGGUUUUAAUCAGUGUCCUAGUCCUAAUAUGUUAUCGUUUCUCUAGCAACAGCUCAAUCGCAGGUACUCGUGCACUAUCACACCACCCCAGGCGCUGAUUAUUUUCCUGACUUAGAAUUCCUCACUCUGGGGCUUUAAACACUGAAUGUUGAGGGGAAACGUUAGAACAACUUUAACUUAUGAAUUAAAGAAACACAGAAUAUUAACCGGUGUGUGUGUGUGUGUGUGUGUGUUAAACUCUUCUUACAUAUGCAACGAGAGCUUUCUCCUGUGUGUAAUUUAAUGUAGAUGUUGUUUUGACACAUUUUUCUUUCCUAUUUUUUUACCUGAGUACAUUUUAUACUCUGUGUGUGUGUGUAUGUGUGUGUGUGUGUAGAUGUGAUUUCCAACAGUUAGUAAGUGGCAAAUAAUGUUCAGAUUUGCUUGUUUACACUGAGUAUCACCCUGCGUCUUAGUUCACGUCCAAUAUGUUCCAUCAUGUCGCUAGAUGAACGAUGCUGGAGUGUGUUUCCAUGUCACGUUGUGUUCAUGCUCAUGUUUGUGGAUGUUUAACAGUGAAGUUUGUAAUGUUUAAAGGUUAUAUAGGCAUUAUUAUACAAUAUCAAUAUCAAAACCUCAUCGCCGCCCUCCAUCUUCACCGUUUCCCUUGUUGUGCAAAAUGAGACGACAUGAUUACCGCGUGUUUCUGCGCCCCUCCCGAGGCGUGGUUCGGCUCUAACCUGCCCCCUAGUGGACAAAGCUUUUAAUCCUUUAAUCAUACAAAACACCUUGGAGCUCAUUAGACUUAUGUGCACACUUUUCUGGCCCUGAAAUUUACACCCAACUCUAGGUUGAACGGACCUCCUCAAUUCCUCCCCUUUUAAAAAAAAAAUGAAACUCACUAGUUUCAGCAGAUAAAGCUUUUCUGUGUUUGUAUCGUGAUUGUAUUCACAAACAUCAGAGCGCUUGAAAAAUUACAGACGGCCCCUUUAAUAUUUUACAUGUAUAUUUUUUGGCAGAUGUUUUUAUCCAACGCAAAUUAGAAUCCAAUCCUUAACAGUUGAGGAUAAACCUCUGUAAAGAUUAGAUAUUCCAUUAAAAAAAAUAAUAAAAAAUAGAAAAAAAAAUCUCUCAACAAAAGCCAGUUCCAUUUGUCCGAGUCGAACUGUAGAUAAAAACGACGCGAUAAAAAAUGAUGGAAAACCGACAGUGUGGUAUUUCGUUUCUCAAUUUCAAACUAUUCAGCGUAGCAGUAAUUACAUUUUCUAAUCACAAUCAUUUUCCUGUCUUUCAUCCUGGUUUAGAAUAUUAGUUUUGGAAAAUAAACUUUACAGAAUUAUUUCUGCUCUGAGCUCAAAGUUUUUUAAACUUUCCUAGAAGGUUACUGAAGGGAACUACGAGAUUUCCUUCUCCGAUUAAGACACACGCAAUUCUUCAGAUUUGUAUAAACGAGCUGCCUAAACGAAACACAUAAACACGACUUUUUUUAAAGGUUAAAACGUGUACGCAAUAACGAUAUCCUAUAAAUUCACUCACGUUAUAUCACAUUAACCACUUUUACACGCGCUCACGUUUUAUUUUAGCAGACUUAACAUCCAGCAGGCGUUUUUAAGGUACUGUGUGUUCUGCUCUGCUCUGCUGUAGUGUGUUUGAUGAACUCUUGUCGUAGAUGAUGUUGUGUGUGUGAACUGUUCGAGUGUCUCGGUGUCUAGAUUCAUGUGCGCGUACGUUGUUUUCCACUUUAUUGUUAUGGAAUAAAAAAAAUUAAUAAAAAAAA